UUGUUUCUCUACCACCUUGACUGGCCUGCCUGGUCCGAGGAAGCCCCUCCCCCGGCGCCUUUAUUUAUCUUUCGGCUUUCCUCCAUGACUACUCUUCCUCAGAUUCUUCUCCAAUCCCGCCCCAUUCCUCGCUCCUCCGAUCCCCACAUUUCCACUUCUUUAUGCAUAGUAGCGCCACCCGCAUGGCACGAAGGCAGAGCGACGCCGGGCCGGCGGGUUUCGCGUCCCUGGCGCUCCUCAUGAUUGGCGCGGUCUCCUGUACCGCCGUCUACAUCUUCAUGUCGAACGUGCGCAGACCCACAACCCAUUCUUCUGCUUCUUCUUCGCAUUUUGAUGAUAACGGUGAUGGUGAUUAUGGGUUCUAUAAGAUGGCGACGGCCGAUGAGGCGAGUGGUGGUGGAGGCGAAUGCUGCCGAGGGAUCGAGCAUUUGGAGCUGUGGGGGCCGGCGGUGAAAUGGGGGGCGAAUUUUAAGCUCAAUUCACCGGCGGAGUGCUGCAGGGCAUGCGAGGCGAUGUGCGGCGGGAACGGGGGUCCCUGCUUGUGCGAUAGCUGGGUCUUCUGCGGGGACAGGGAGGCUUGCGGUUCGCAAUUCGGUGAGUGUUGGUUGAAGAAACAAAAGGAUUCCUUAGCUCCAGAGAGGCAAGCAGCAGGGCCACUGGUUAAGUGGACUUCAGGGCUCAUCUUUGGGAAAGGACAGGGCAUCAUUGGCUUGGAAACAGAAUAUGGUACCAUCCACAUAAAGCUUUUCCCUGAUUGUGCCCCGCAUUCGGUGGAGUAUAUUCUUGAGUUGUUGGCGCUGAAGCACUGUGCCGGUUGUCAAUUCUAUCGUGCCGAAAGUCGGGGCCUGUUCUGGGAUCCAAAUGGCAACCACCUGAAAAACGCACCAUUUGGCCCUCCGUUUGCGCUGAUCCAAGGAACCCUUGGAGCCCAAGGAACUGCAUCCCCAAAGAUCCCCACCGAAGCCUGUCCCACCAUUAAAAGAGGUUCAGUUGCUUGGGUUGGAAAAGGCCCAGAAUUCUUCAUAAGCCUGGCGAACCACGAGGAGUGGAGGAAUUCAUACACUGUAUUCGGGUCGGUUCUUCCUAAAGACAUGAGCAUUGUGGAGAAAAUCGCUCAACGUCCUACUGUGUCCGAUGUUUGGAACAACAUUAGCGUCUCUGUCUUGGAAACUCCUGUUUCAUUGCUCUUGCGGAGAAGGAAGAUCGGUCAUGAAGGCGUUUUAACAUCGAAAUGAAGAACAAGGCUGAUAGAACAAAUUACGUUAUAUGUAGUUUGUUGCUGAUGCUGCAGAUUUCGCGGCGUUCUCUCUUCUGUGGGAUUGUUUCAGAAUCAGAGAUAUCUACUACCUGUACAGAAUUUAGAAUUUCUUGUAGGUCCUGUUCGUCGGGGACUGGAAAUUGAGACAAGGCUCCCAUUUUAUCAUCCCUAAUUAUACAACCGGUAGUUGUUUGUCACGAUCAA